AUGGAUCCAUCGACCAAAUGGUCCACAAGACGGUGGCGAAGGGUCGGCUGGCCGGUCGGGGCUUUGGGCUCGGCCAUGAUGGCUACUCUUGUCUUUCUUAUCAACCUGACUAUCUUGAUAUGGAUCUCAUCGACACUGAAGUUCGAACGGGGAGUUGCUCAAGUAUUCACUGGUGACUGUCGUCAAGCAGAGCAGAUCAAUACGUGGGCCCAUUUUGGUAUUAAUGUUGUAAGCACUCUGCUCUUGGGUGGGAGCAAUUACUGCAUGCAGAUCCUCUCGGCGCCUACCCGGAAAGAAAUUGACACAGCUCAUGCGAAAAAGAAGUGGCUCGAUAUUGGCGUCUCAAGUGUACGAAACCUCAGGAAUGUUUCGACACGGAAGGUAGUGAUGUGGUGGUGGCUGGGUCUGAGUUCCCUGCCCUUACAUCUCCUAUAUAACUCGGUUGUCUUCGCGUCGCUCUCAACAAACGAGUACGAUAUAGUCCUUGCAAGCGAAGCAUUUUUAAACGGUGGAUCUCUAUCUGCCUACCACGAGGCAUGGAUUCCGGAGCUCAAGGACAUCCAAAAUCGAGCAAGAUACUGGGAUCACCUUGAACCAGCUGAAUGCAUUAAUGCGUACACCGCCAAAUAUCUUAAUACUAGAAGGAACCUAGUGGUUGUGGUCACGGACAGCAGAAGCAGCAAGAACACCUCAGUCCAACAGAUUUUGCAUCAGUCUUUCCAUGAUUCGCUCGAGGUCAGAGCCCAUGCUGGGAGCCGGAACUUCCCCGAGUGGAAUAUCAAUUACUGCCUGAGCGAGCAAGUUGCUGGGAAGUGCCGCGUGAAUUUUAUUUUAUCCAUCAUGAUCGUUGUGAUGAUAUGCAACGCGGGGAAAGCUCUAGUCAUGUUCCACAUUGCCUUCUGUCUCAAAGAUAGUUCUUUAAUCACGAUUGGGGAUGCCGUUGAUUCAUUCUCAAACAACCGCGAUCAGACAACCAGGGAGAUGUGCUUGAGCAGCAAGGAGAGCAUCAGGGCUGGCGAAAGUCAAGGAUGUGAAUCCAAAAUAGCCAGCUAUUAUGAGGCCGCCAUCACUGGCUACGACGCAGUCACGGGCAUCCAGGUACAGAAGGUGGGAUUUUCAAGAACCUGGAAAGCAGGCCCGGUCAAGUACGAACCAAGGGUGAAAGGAUGGUUCAGUGCUGUCAGUCGUGGGAGAGGUGUUGCAUGCCUCGUUUUGUUCUUUUGCUGCAUGGUCACAGUCAUCAUCUGCCUGAUAUUCAGCAUUAAGGCGACAGAUUCCAACUACGGCCUCAAUAGAACAGCUCUUGACUAUAUCCAUCUUGGCAUCGGCGCUGUGACUCCAACUACCGUGAUCACCGGAUGGGACAUAACCUCCAUCGUCGGAAACGCCGUCAUAGCCAGCGUCCUGAUCGCCAACAUCCCGCAAUCCAUCCUGUCAUUGCUCUACUUCCUCUUCAAUGGCGUCUUCACCAGCAUGCUGCUCACGGACGAAUGGUCCGACUACGCUCACAAACGCAAACCCCUGCGCGUCUCGGAUCCCAAACCAGGCCAGCGAUCCACCUACUUCCUCCAGCUGCCCUAUCGCUAUGCUGUACCCUUCCUCAUCCUCUCCGGCAUUCUUCACUGGUCCGUCAGCCAGUCAAUCUUCCUUGCUCAGGUUGCGUCGUACUCGAAAACAGGUGAACUAAUCGACCCCGCUGCGGUAUCAACCUGUGGCUACUCGCCAUUCGGAAUCGCACUAACCUUGAUCGGCGGAACCUGCUUAGCGCUGUCCACAGUCAUCUUGAGUGCCCGCCGCCAUAAGCCUGGGAUCCCGCUGGCGGGGAGCUGCAGUGCGGCGAUAUCGGCUGCUUGUCAUGGGGGCGAGGAUGUUGACACGACGGCACCGCUGCAGUGGGGUGUUACUUCGCCAAAAGGAGAGAAGGUUGGUCAUUGCGCGUUUUCGGAUAAGGAUGUGAGAAGGGCAAGAGCAGGGAAGCUGUAUGCUGGGGUGGUGAAGACGGAUUGA